CUGUGAGAAUCAAACAUCAUAUUCAGGCGGAAGAUCCGUUGGGGAGAUGCAGUUUGUUUAAAAACACACUAUUCAAGUGAGAUAAGGAACAAUGAACACUUCUCAAGACCAUUUCCCAACAUCUCCAUCAUGGAAGCUGCCAGAGGAUGUUAUGCGGAUACAUCGUUUAAAGAUGAAGAAAAGAGCACUACAGGCAAGACUAAGAGGGAAAGAUCUAUCCCGUACUCUGUCACAGGACUCUGGUGUUUCAAGCAAAGAUAAUGCCUCUACUGGUACUGCAAAAAGGAAGAAUCCUUUCAGGUGUGGGGACGUGCCUACAAAGAGAUCUCGAGAUAAUGCAACAGCUGUGUUUCCUGCUGAUUUUGAGACUUCGUGUGAUAACUCUCUCUUUCAACUGUUAACGGCACCACAGUCGUCGUCUUCCAUGUCAUUUACUGAAACUUCGUUCUCCAGCAUACUCAGCAGACUUCAAACAACUGUCAUAAAGGAUGACAUUCCAGAACUGAAGGCAGCAGGAAAGAAGUACAUUCCAGUGGAUUGGUCCCUUAAAACAAAAAUGAGGUUUAUGUCAGAGAAACCUUUUCCAUGGACACAGCAACUUCGCACAUGUGAAGAGGCAUCAGGAACCACAGGGUUUGUGAGAUGUAUGAGUGUCAGCCCAAAUAAGUCAACAGAUGCUUAUCAGCGGCUUGACACUAGUCCAAGUGCUAGAUUUCACCAAUGCUGUCUAGUGUGGAUGCAUCCAUAUCUGCCAUGGUUACAGUUGUUCCCUCGCUCGACAGGGCGAGUCAGUGAUACUGCUAACAGUCCCUUUGCUUCUGACACUAAGCUUCGGGAUUCUCUGCAUUAUGAGUGGGGUGAGAGUCUGCGCUCCCUUUUUCAGCUUGUUCGGGCAUGCCAGUGUCCAUAUUUUUACGUUUGUACAAACACCUUCACGUGCCUUUUUCGUGCAGCUGGAAUAGGUGGUUUCAGCAAUACACAUGCUUUUGUUACACCAACAACAAGAGGUUUUAGGCAGUUGCUAAAAGAAGAAGAUGUGGUAUUUACAAUGCCAUUGAAGAAAAGCAAUCCAAGUGGAAGCAAACGUUCUUCUUCAGAGGGUACAAAUUCAGAUAUGGGUUACGAGACCCAGGAUUCAGCAGGAGAAGAUAAUCAGGGGGAACAAACAAAAAAUGCCGAGGAACAAGAAGAGGAGGAUUUAGAUGACUUUGAUGAUGAAGAUGGAGAAGACUGGUUGCACAGUAUGGGCAUGGGGAAAGAAGAAAUUCGGAAACUGAACAGUAAACAGGCCAAGACUGUUCAUAACAAGGAGCGUGAAGUGGAUCGCACACCUGAGUCUCUUAUUUAUGUGGAAGGUGUGGAGGCUCAGGCAUUCUUCAAUUUCCUUAUGAACUGCAAGUCUACAGUAGCAGCAUCUGGACCAUUAGCUGGUGUUCCUCCCACACUUAUUGCACCUGUUGCAUUUCAAGGAGGAACUCUUCGGCCAAUUAAGGUUCGUCAGAGUGUAGUGAAACUGGAAGGAAGUACAUACCAUUCAGUGGAACUUAGGGGUCCAAUACUUCCCCAUGUAUUGCAUGACCUAUGUAGCCUUCUUCAGCACACGCAUGAAGAAUUUUCUGUCACAUUUGCCCAUAUUGAACAGACGAGAGCAUUUACAAUGGCAUCCAAAACUGAGCAGCCUGGAGAAAGUGUACUGGAGCAAGGAAUAAAUACCUCAUCGGAAGUUUCACCCAGUAAGAGUGCGAUAUCGGCUUGCCCUGUUACACCAACAAAAGCACCUAGUGCUUUUGGUCAGGAGAACCUAAGUGACUGUGGUCUGCAACCAUCAGUGCUGCAGAACUUUUGUUGUGCUGAUCCAGAAAGUGUCGAGUUAUUGGAUGGCUUAAAGUACUGCAGUGAUGGAACAUAUACUUGGUCAUAGGUGAUGACAGUUCACCCAAGGUUGUUUUGCCUGCAUCAGGCAGCAGUCACAGAGCUUGUCUCAUAGUGAAGACAAAUAUUAAAAGAGUAAGGAGUUGUAUGUACUGCUCUUGUAUAAAGCUUUCAAUCCUUAUUUUAAUUUACAACAAACAAUUAUUUUAAUUUACAGUAAAUGAUGCAGCACUUUGCUGUUGCUGUUACUAAGUAAAUGAAGUGUCUUCUUUUUUUCAUGGUGUGUGAAAUUCAGAUUUGGUAAGAAUGUACUGAGGUACAUUUUAGGAAUUCUGAUCAUUAAUAAUGAGGAGGAUACCUCUUGAAAGACUGUUAGAUUGUGAUUGUUUGUAUUUUUAGUAUGAUAUUCAUGAUUAAGAAAUAUAAAACAUAUGGUGAUGUUACUGAAUUGACAUAAGCACAGCUGAAACCGAAUGUGUGGUAUGACUAGAGCUAUUACAAGCUCAUUAUACAAAAUUUUACUGGUCCCUAGCAGACACUUACACCAUGCCACACUUUGUCUAGUUUUCGAACAGACAUAAAUCCUGUAUCAUAGAAUUAAGAGAGAUUGUGAAAACAACACUGAUGUCUGUGUCAUUCCAUUGUGAUUUACUCAUCAUAAUUUACGCAUCGUGAGCUAGUGUUUCAAUUAACUCCAUAUGAAUAAUGUGAAAAAUUAUGAAAUGACCAGAGUGAGUGAAUUGUUAAAUGGUCAACAAGGUAUAAACACAUAGUGUCUUACAAAGAGAGGACAUUCAUUUAGUGUCCACUAGAAAUAUUUACUACAGAGAGCAAAAUUUACCAUUGAAAAUGUUGAGGUAAUCAAAUUGUUUCAGUGUAUCAAUCAGCCAUAUAAUUUGGCCUAGCUGAAAUAAGACACUACUGGAUCUUUGCAGAACCUGCUGCACCCUCCUAUCCAAUUUCGGUAAUAUGAGGUGAGAUUGGAAAGUUUUAAGAAUUGCCGCGUAAGUAUACAAUGGUGGUACUGAGAUGCAUCUCCUUUUUUCCUGGAGUGUGUUAAGGAUGCUCUCCGUAUUUGUCUCGAUGCCUUCAAUUGAGCCAAAUCGCUUCCCUUUUGAGUGGAAAUUUCAGUUUAGGAAACAGGUAGAAGUCGGUAGGGGCCAAAUCAGGGGAAUAUGGCGAUUGUGGAAAAACAGAAAUUUUGAAUUUGGUCAAAAGUUCAAUGAUGGAGAAGUCACGAUGAGCUGGAACCUUGUCAUGGCGUAGCACCCAACUCCUGUCUUUCCACAAUGCAGGCCUUUUCUUUCGCACCUUUUCACGCAAAUGCUCAAGAACACAUUUGUAGUAUUCCUUGUUAAUUGUCUGUCCUCCAGGAAUAAAUUCAUGAUGCACAAUACCAGUAGAAUCAAAAAAUAUCACCAACAUUGUCUUCACCUUCGAGUGACUUUGCCGUGCUUUUUUUGGUUGUGGUGCACCUGGAGUCUUCCACUGCGAAGACUGCACUUUGGUUUCAGGACUAUAUCCAUAUACCCACUAUUCGUCACCUGUGAUUACCCUAUUUAACAAAUCUGGGUCAUUUUUAGUCCGAUUAGUCAGUUCUUGGAACACUUCAAGUCAGUAUUGUCUCUGGUCACUUGACAACACUUUUGGAAUGAAUUUUGCGGACACUCGACGUAUGGUCAGAUCUUUAGUUAAAAUUCACUGAACUGUAUAGAAAUUUAAAUUAAGUUCAUCAGCCAUCUCCCUAAUUGUAAUCUAUGAUCAGAGCGCACUAAAUCGCGAACUUUCACAACAUUUUCAUUCGCUUUUGAGGUGGAAGGACGGCCGGACUGUGGUUCAUCUUCAAAUGAUUCGCGGCCAUUUUAAAUCUGUUGAACCAGACAAAAACAUUUAAUUGGCU